CCCGCCCGGCCCCCGGCCUCCGCCGCACGGGCUCUCGCCGCCGCCACCGCCAGUCCUCGUCGGUCAGCGACAUCCAACGUCGACUGUCUCGCUGGCUCCCUAUGUUACUUGGAGCACUUGCGGUACAAUGAAACUGUAUAUUACAUUACUGGUGGUUGCGGUGGUAGCAAGGGCUAUUGCUGCCCCAGUAGAGGAUGCAAUCACAGAUCUCCCAGGUCUGAAUCAUACCAUUGGCUUCCGACACUUCAGUGGUUACCUGACUGGGGCGCAAGGGAAGCAGCUACACUAUUGGUUUGUGGAAUCUAUGCAGGAUCCAGCAAAUGACCCAGUGGUGUUGUGGAUGAAUGGUGGUCCAGGAUGCUCUUCUAUGGAGGGCCUCCUUGCAGAAUUAGGACCUUACCUAGUUAAUGUGGAUGGCAAAACUCUCCAGGAGAAUCCUUAUGCUUGGAAUACUGUUGCAAAUGUGCUUUUCCUGGAAGCACCAGCCUGUGUUGGAUUCUCAUAUGAUCCUAAUGAUGAUUACGAAACGGUCACCUUCGGACGCUAUGGAAAAUGUCACCGGAAGAUCGCCAGAAGCCAAGAAAGACCAGGAUAUUCAUCAGAGCAGAUAGCCGCCCCAGGAUGUGGAAGGGCGCCGCCUGCCAGGACGCCUGUAGGUACCAGUCACCCACUGAUGCUGAUGACCCAGGCCACAGAGUAUUCCUGCCUAGCGCUUGUCCGGUCAAGUUCCUAG